UAAUUAUCUUCGUGUCUUUGGUUGUGAUUUGAAGACAAUGAAGAGAGAGAUUUUGAAUAACUAAUUUAAAUAAGAAAUUUAAAUAAAAAUCGUUACCUUAAUUUUAUAUUUUCUGUUUCCAUUUUAAUUUGAAGAUCCUUUCUCUUUCUCUUUUUCGUUCUCGCUCGCUCGCCGGAUAAAAUCGCUGUCCAAAUCUCCGGUCAUUUCUCCGAGGAUCUCUUCUAUCAAUCCAACGCUUUGAUUUUCAUCUUCUCAGAUCUCACAGAACAUACUCGAAGACUGAUGCAGAAGAAGCGUUAGUAGAAGGUUUUUGUUAGAAAGCAAUUGAAUCUGAGGGAUCCAAUUGAGUUCUCUCUUCCACUGAAUCUCUCGUUCGCAAAACCUAGGGUUUCUAAAUUAGGGUUCUCUGAGGUCUGUUUAAAGUGCGUAAGCCAUGUUUAAGAAGAUCAUGAAAGGGGCAAAUCGAAAAGCCUCUAAAGCUGAGGCAAAUGAUUCGUCUAUGUAUGGGUUUGAUCCACCAGGUAGGUCAGGUCCUGGAUCCAAUAUGAUUGUAAAUCACGCAUCUCGUGGUUCGCUUGUUCCUUCUUCUCCAGGUUCAAUGGCGGCCACCACACAACCGCCUCCUAUGUAUUCAGUCGAGCCUCUUCCGUUGUUCAGAGACGUGUCUGUUUCCGACCGUCAAUCCUUGUUCUUGAGGAAACUCCAGAUUUGUUGUUUUCAAUUUGAUUUUACGGAUACGUUGAAGAAUGCGAGAGAGAAGGAGAUUAAGAGGCAAACGUUAUUGGAGCUAGUUGAUUUUAUACAGUCUGGAGCAGGGAAGCUCUCUGAAGUUUGUCAAGAAGAAAUGGUAAAGAUGAUUUCGGUUAAUAUAUUCCGGUGUCUUCCUCCGGCUUCACACGAGAAUACAGGUCAAGAGCCUGCUGAUCUUGAGGAAGAGGAGCCUUAUUUGGAACCAUCUUGGCCUCAUUUACAGCUAGUUUAUGAGUUGUUGCUGAGAUACAUUGUUCCUUCUGACACAGAUACAAAGGUUGCGAAACGGUAUAUUGACCAUUCUUUUGUGCUGAGGUUGCUUGAAUUGUUUGAAACUGAAGAUCCAAGAGAAAGGGAGUACUUGAAAACGAUUCUUCAUAGGAUUUAUGGGAAGUUUAUGGUCCACAGGCCCUUUAUUAGGAAAGCAAUGAACAAUAUAUUCUAUAGGUUUAUUUAUGAGACAGAGAGACAUAGUGGGAUUGGGGAGCUUUUGGAGAUUCUGGGUAGUAUUAUAAAUGGGUUUGCCUUGCCAAUGAAGGAGGAGCACAAGCUCUUUUUGAUCAGGGCUUUGAUACCUCUGCAUAAGCCAAAACCAAUCGCUAUGUAUCAUCAACAAUUGUCUUACUGCAUUGUUCAGUUUGUGGAGAAAGAUUAUAAGCUUGCGGAUACAGUAAUUAGGGGGUUGUUAAAGUUUUGGCCUGUGACAAACUGUACAAAAGAGGUUCUCUUUCUCGGUGAACUUGAAGAAGUUCUUGAGGCAACACAAACUGUUGAGUUCCAACGCUGUAUGGUCCCUCUGUUCCAACAGAUUGCUCGGUGCCUCAGCAGCUCUAAUUUUCAGGUUGCAGAACGAGCUCUGUUCUUGUGGAACAAUGAGCACGUUGUAGGUCUAAUAGCGCAGAACCGAGGUGUGAUCCUUCCCAUCAUAUUUGCAUCCCUGGAGAGAAACAUAGAGUCUCACUGGAACCAAGCUGUACACGGUUUAAGCGCGAAUAUAAAAAGAAUGUUCAUGGAGAUGGACCCUGAGCUCUUUGAAGAUUGCCAGCAACAGUACGAAGAGAAACAAGCCAAAUCGAAACAAGUGGAAGAACAACGCCAAAGUAGGUGGAGGAGAUUAGAUGAAGCGGUGGAAGAACGAGAAAGAGAAGAUCCUAUGAUCACUUCUUAGAAAAAAAAAUAUCAAAUCAUCAUAAGUAAUAAUAUUCUUUCUCUUUCACUUAUCUUCUCAUUUUCACUAAUCGUUGCAAAAUUAUUAUAUUUUAUUUAUUUAUUUUGUUGGUCUGGAAAAAAGUCCGUAAUCGAGUCAAUAGGAAUAUUUUUUUCCUC